CCUCGGCAUUUUGUCAAGCAAGUGCACCCUGAAUCGUGAGCGAAGAAAAUAUAUUUAAGUUAUUUAUUUUCGUGUCGUUAAGAUAAAGAGGUGUGCGCAAGAGCCGGAGCAAAUGGUCGUCUCUGGUGAAGGAAACCGUUUUUGGAUUAAAAACACUUUAUUCCGGCAGAGGGGGAUCCUUUAGUUUUUCUCUUCUGCAAAAUUGUUGGACGGAAUUAUGACGGAGUAUGAAAAGGCGAGUUUAUAACCUUUGAAGUGAAGUAUUUUUCUUUGCCAAAGCUUGUGCCUCAGAUUUUUGGGGAGAUGAUUCUAAAGAGCUUUGCACUCUGAAAUAACGGGACAUGACACUGAGGGAAAUUGUCUGAGGUGACGAGUGGUGGAGAUCAAGCCUCAUGGAUAUAGACCUACGCACUGACUGGAGUUGAUUUAUCUGUGGGAGACCUGCUGCAAAUGGCUGCCCUGCCUGUGUCGCCAGGAUGGACAACAGGAUUGUCAAUAGGAUGCGGCCUGAAAAAUAUCGGCAAGUGAAGAUGUCACCUCCGCCAGUGUGAAAUCAAUGGGGAAUACUUGCCAUGCGAAGAGCCUUUGAAAGUUUUGACAGCCGCGUGUUUGGGAGGCCUGAUACUUUGCCUUUGAUUGCACCCCUUCCUGUGAGUGGAUCUAAAGUGGAUUGUUGCUGCUAGCGCUGUGGUGUGAUUAGCCCCUUUAGUGUGUGUGUGUCUACUGGUGUGGCAGAGGGAGCAUGCCCCUGCAGAGACCUGGCUGUCUGAAGCUGUACCCUGCCUGGAGGGCCAUGCAGCCCCGGCUGGGCAUAGGCCUGGGUCUGGGCCUGGACCUCACCUUCCUGCUGUGGAUACUGAGCCUAGCACAGCAGGCCCUGGUCACGGCCUCUCAGAAACUGGACGAGACGGACCCCGUGGUCACCACCGUCUACGGCAAACUGAGGGGCGUCAAGAAGGAGCUCAACAAUGAGAUCCUGGGACCCGUCAUCCAGUUCCUGGGGGUGCCUUAUGCCGCACCCCCCACGGGCGAGAGGCGCUUCCAGCCCCCAGAGCCACCCAUCUUUUGGCCGGAGGUCCGCAACGCUACGCAGUUCGCCCCGGUCUGCCCCCAGACCAUCGUGGAGGGGCGUCUGCCGGACGUCAUGCUGCCUGUGUGGUUUACUAACAACCUGGAGAUAGUGUCUUCUUACGUACAGGACCAGAGCGAGGACUGCCUUUUCUUAAACAUAUAUGUUCCCACUGAGGAUGACAUCCGAGAAAGCGGCAGCCCUAAGCCUGUGAUGGUAUUCAUCCAUGGGGGAUCCUACAUGGAGGGCACUGGGAAUAUGUUUGACGGCAGCAUCUUGGCAAGUUACGGCAAUGUUAUCGUCAUCACAGUGAACUAUCGGCUUGGAGUAUUAGGUUUCUUAAGCACAGGGGACCAAGCUUCCAAAGGAAACUAUGGACUUCUUGAUCUGAUCCAAGCCCUGCGCUGGACUAGCGAGAAUAUUGCUUUCUUUGGUGGUGACCCUUUACGAAUAACAGUUUUCGGAUCAGGGGCUGGCGCCUCCUGUGUCAACCUCCUGACCCUGUCCCAUUAUUCUGAAGGUAACCGUUGGAGCAAUUCAACCAAAGGACUUUUCCAGAGAGCUAUAGCACAGAGUGGCACUGCGUUGUCCAGCUGGGCAGUCAGCUUCCAGCCUGCUAAGUACGCUCGCAUGUUGGCCAAGAAGGUGGGCUGCAACCUGAAGGACACGGUGGACCUGGUGGAGUGUCUGCAGAAGAAGCACUACAAGGAGCUGGUGGACCAGGACAUCCAGCCAGCCAGGUACCAUAUCGCCUUCGGGCCUGUCAUAGAUGGAGAUGUGAUCCCAGACGACCCCCAGAUCCUCAUGGAGCAGGGCGAGUUCCUCAACUAUGACAUCAUGCUGGGCGUCAACCAGGGCGAGGGCCUGAAGUUUGUGGAGCUCAUCGUAGAUAACGAGAACGGCGUCCAGGCCAAUGAUUUUGACUACGCCGUGUCCAGCUUCGUGGACGACCUGUACGGUUACCCGGAGGGCAAAGACAUUCUGCGUGAGACCAUAAAGUUCAUGUACACGGACUGGGCUGAUAAACACAACCCAGAGACCAGGAGGAAGACCCUACUAGCUCUGUUCACUGACCACCAAUGGGUGGCUCCGGCCGUGGCCACAGCAGAUCUCCACUCCAGCUUUGGGUCACCAACAUACUUCUAUGCCUUCUACCACCACUGCCAGACAGAGCAGGUGCCCCCGUGGGCAGACGCAGCCCACGGUGACGAGAUCCCCUAUGUGUUUGGCCUGCCCAUGAUCGGUCCCACAGAACUGUUCCCCUGUAACUUCUCCAAGAACGACGUCAUGCUCAGUGCUGUGGUGAUGACUUACUGGACUAAUUUUGCCAAAACUGGUGACCCUAACCAGCCGGUCCCCCAGGAUACCAAGUUCAUCCACACUAAGCCUAACCGUUUCGAGGAGGUGGCGUGGACUCGCUACAACCAGAAAGACCAGCUGUACCUCCACAUCGGCCUGAAACCCCGCGUCAAGGAGCACUACCGGGCCAACAAGGUCAACCUAUGGCUGGAGCUGGUGCCCCACCUCCACAGCCUAAACGAGGUCACCCAGAUCAUCUCCACCACCACCAAGGUCCCCCCACCGGAGGUCACGCCCAGGUCACCAAAGAAGAUCCCUGUCAACACCAAGAGGCCUAACCCUACGCCUUUCCCCACCGAGACUCAGGACAGUCAGAAUCAGCCCUUCCUGGUGGAUCAGAGGGACUACUCCACUGAGCUGAGUGUCACCAUCGCUGUGGGUGCCUCGCUGCUCUUCCUCAACAUCCUGGCCUUUGCUGCCCUCUACUACAAGAAGGAUAAGCGGCGGCACGACGUGCACCGGCGCUGCAGCCCCCAGCGCAACACGACCAAUGACCUGGCGCACACACAGGAGGAGGAGAUCAUGUCCCUGCAGAUGAAGCACACAGACCUGGACCACGAGUGCGACGCCAUGCAUCCACACGAGGUAGUUCUGAGAACUGCCUGCCCGCCAGACUACACGCUAGCCAUGCGCCGCUCACCUGACGACAUCCCCCUCAUGACCCCCAACACCAUCACCAUGAUCCCCAACACCAUGCAGGGCCUCCAGUCGUUGCACAACUUCAACACCUUCCCCAGUAGUGCACAGAACAACACCCUGCCUCACACCCUGCCCCACCCACACUCACACUCCACCACCAGGGUAUAGCCGGACGGAUGGACGCUGACACACACAGCACAUGCCAGAGCUCACACCCAGCCCGAUCAAACGGAUGUGGAAUAACUUCUACUCCUGUGAAUAUAUUAAGGGAAUAGGGAUUUUGCUGGGACGGGAGAAGAAUUUCAUUUGAUAUAAAAGAAGAAAUUAGAAAGAAGUCAAACAAAUAUUUCAAAUGAAAAAAUAAACAAAGAGAAGGAUACUUUUUAUUUCUGUUAUUGAAACAGAACAAGGUCAACUUUUCCAGCUACAGAUAUCAACUUUGGAAUUUUAUAAACGAUUGCUUGAUCCUGUUAUCUUGGAAAAGAGAGAAAACCUCAGUGGAGUUUCAGAGGAGUAGCAGGUCGCUUUGUAAAUGAAAGAAAACAUAUUGUUUUCCUGAGGCAUCAAACUGUAGAGUACUCUUUCUGGAGUCAAGGGGAGAUGCAACCAAUUUAGGCAUGUGUUACUCUACAAGUAGAGGCAAUGUAAGAUAUGACAAAAACAAUCUAGAGAGAGGGAAAAACUCUUAAAGGUUAUGCACAAUGUAAACAUUUUCAAAAUGUCGUGGAUUCUUCUCAGAAAUUUAUUUUUGGGGAACAGUUUUAUUGUAUAGAGCCUUUUUACAUAUCUAGAUAUGUACACAAAGCACCAAUGCUGUUUAAGUCAUUCUUGGGCGUCAAUUCCGCAAAUCUGCCAGCAGAACAAAAACGGAGGGAUCCACUGGCUUUCUGGCAGAUACAGCUUCAUCACACAAGUGCUGUCUAUACCGAGAGCUGGAGGACAAAGAAUACUGGAUAUUUUUAGCACGAAGCGCAUGACAAUUUAUCUGCUUGAUGGCUGUUCUGCUGAUUAAGUCAUAAUUAAGAAAUAAAGUCAGCCCCAUUGGAAUAGUUUGAAGGAACACUUCUGAUUGGCUUACAAACCCACAAACCCACAUGGGUUAAGGUCAUGAUCAUAAUUGGGGACAGCAGGGGAGGGUGGGCUUACGGUAACUACAGUACAUACACAAUAGCUUGAGUGAACAUGGGUAUGAGGACUAGUUUUGUACAAUGUGUGUUGGUACAACUUUUUGAUAGUGGUGAAUCACUCGCUGUUUGGGAUCCCGAUGGAGGGACGUUUCAUUGUACUCUUUUGAUCAAUGUUAUUUGCUAUUACUUAUUAGGUUACUUAUCACUGCUCUUGACUAGUUCAAGGAAACUUUAACGUAGAAAAGUAAUUACCUGCACUGUUUAUUAUUUUUGUUUUCCGUAUGAAUGAUCCCUAAACACAAAGUGUGCCCAGGGCCAUGAAGAAGGGAAGGUGAAGGCUAGGGAAUAGUAGAACCUCUUGACUGCAUCUUUCCCCCUAUUAUCCUUUCAUAUAGUAUGUUCCGUAGCACUGUUUAAAGAUUUAUGCGUAUAAAUGUGUAAUUGAAGCGAGGAUGCCCUCCGCUGACAUGUUGGAUGUGCCUGCAACCCAACAGCAGGAGGAAGAGAGGCGGGGUGGAGAGAGAGCGAGAGAACAGGGGCUCCAGGAACUCCCAUGGUACACCUCUCCCAGGGAGGAAACAGCAUUCAGGCAGAUUCACUGCAGUAGAACCGCUUAGAACCGUCUAGCCAGCACCCUUGUCUCUCACAGAGUAAUUUCCAUUUGCUUCUGUUCUGUUCUUUUUUAUUUUCUACUGAUGAUGCUGUACUGUAUUGUCUCAGAUUUAGUUCUUGUUGUUCUGUAGCAUGGUUUAUUCGUGAACACACGCCUUGGUGUCACAUUGUACAAGACUGUCAGCGUGUUACCAUGACUGUCCCGCUAACCUCUAGGCAGCCCAUAGUGAAUGUUCCUGCCCUCACAAUGCCAGAGUGCAACUUCCCUCUGCCAGCUAUCGCAGGCCAGGGGAGUAACAAUGUGUUAUACAAAUACAUACCAGAGUGAAUAGCUUAAAGGAGGAAGCCGCUGAGGGGAAAAUAGUUCUCUAAACAGUCAAAAGCCCCACUGUACUCAAGCAGAGAGUGAAGACGGCACAUACAGUAGUAAGAGGCGACACAUAAGUAAGACAAAGUACCAUUUCCCUGUCAAUAAAGGCUGGAUAUAAUGCGUCUACUGAGGGGAGACAGUUGCUCUACAGUUCAUCAAAGUAAGAACAUACCCUGCCAAACAAUGGGACGUAGACAAGGUAUAGCUUUUCUGGGGGAGGUGAAGGUAAAUUAUAGUCCACAUUGCCCAAAACUAAAACGCAAGCAAUUUCAUCAGCCUGUAUUGCAGUGGUGUGACCUCUAAACAAUGCUCCUUACUGGAGAAAUGACACAGGGGGAGAGAAACGCCCAGCGAAUUAAACAUGUAAUUGCACUACGGACAAAUGAUCAAGUAAUUGGAGAACAACAUUGGAGAGUUGGCAGGAGAGGCGAACGCCACAGAAGCACUCACUCUACCACGCAGGAUGAAUGAUUGGGGAUUAAGAGGUGCGGGGAGAAAACUGUGCUCUGUUUCUGAAUAACACAAAACCUCUGACACAGAGCCAGUCCUCAACAGGAUGUUCCCAUGGAUCCUCCCUCUUCACCACUCCGUACCCUACCGGGGAGGAUUGGAAACAGAGUUAGAAAUGGGACAACCGGUACUACCCUCCUUCCCUCCCAAAAAGGCUGAUUCUGCACUUCCCCUAUAUUCAAUUACUGCAGGUAUGAAUAUGGAUAGUUGCUGCUCACCAGACUCUUUCUCCACCAUGCUCCCUCAGAGUGGUGUUAAAGGCCCAGUGCAGUCAAAAACGGACUUUCCUAUGUAUUAUAUAUAUUUCCACACUCUGAGGUUAUAAUAAUAAUGUGAAAUUGACCGCCUGCAAUGUCAGCCUGUUUUGGUGGGAUAGAGUUUUGGCCCGCCUGGUAACAUGUCCAGGCAGUAAAUUGUUAAUAAACCAAUAAGAAAGAGGGUUCAAAACAUCUCUACCAAUACCAGCUAGUUAUUCAGUGUUCCCCUCCCCAACUCAGACCACUCCCAGACAGUUUCUCUUGCUUGGAAAAUUGCUAAGAAGCUAUUUUUGUUUAUUUUUGACAAUUUUAAUUGAACACAAUCACAGUAAGGUACUUUUAAUUGUUACCCAUCAAUUAUUUGAUAUCGAGAUAAAAAUGGCUGCACUGGACCUUUUAAAAUGUUACGAGCCAGUGGUGAAGGAGAGCUAUAAGGGCUUUCGCUCCAGAUUUGCAUGCAGGACUUCCAGAAUGCGAGAGAAAGAAGGGUUAUACCUCAAACUAUAAUGUGACGAUGUGGCUCAGGCCUUACCUGUGUUACCCAGUCCUGGACAGAGGAGGGUCAAGAAUUGUGAAUGAAUGUAAUGCGAAGAGUGCCAUUUUCCAAAAAAUGCUACACUACAUCUUUGAGAUCUAUGAAGAUAUUUUAAGAUCUGUAAAAGGCUGAUCGCUCUUUCAAAAUGUCUGUGAGAAGGGCGCUAUGUGCGUGGGUAUUUCAGUUGUAUUGUAGAUUUGUCACUUUCUUUCUGGUUAAAAUAGUAAUUACUUUUCUGGAGCACAAUAAAUUAUUUUAAUAAGCUGAAUUAGCAGUGCUGCAACUCUUUAUUUACCUGUUGUGUUUGGUCAAUAGUCUGAUUUGAUUCAAUUGUAGAGUAGACACUCACAGUUAAAGAAUGCUUGACAGAACUGAACUUAAAGCAACCCUGUAGUCAGUCACUUGUCAGGUGGUCUGUCAGACACUGUUGGGUUCCUUUGCUAGGGCUACAGUAUAUAGGACUUCGUGUUGAUGUGUCCUAGACUUAAAACAGAAUCUCAGAAAUUUGACACGCAGGUUUUGACCGGUUCAGUUGUUGUUGUUGUUAAGUGACAGAGAUGAAAGAUAAGUAAUUUAAUGGAUUUUUACUGCUGUGCUUUCUGUGGUCUGUUGGGGCUGUGUCAUGGAGGUGUCAAUGAUAUAUUUUCCUCUUAUCUGUAAAAAUCACAAGCAUAUUUGGCAUUCCCUUUCAUGCUAAUCAGAAAUUAAUCUAGACUCGUCCACUUUGGAAAUGGUGACAUUUUACUUGUUGGCAACGAUUAAAAACCAAUUAUUUCCCCACCUGACUUCGACAUUUGAGAGCAGGCGAGAGAUUCUGUCUUGAGACUGAGGGGAAUAAACACAGAGCUGUUUACCGUGUGCGGUUUUAACCAAGGGCACAGAUGCUCCUGCCAAAGAGCAGCUCAAAUCCUGUUUGAUAAGGGUUCGCCAUUUCCCAUUAUGGAGUAUUUCACAACAUCAAACACUUUUGCCUCUGAUAACCAGUCUUUCAUUUACAUGCACUGUUCGAUCUAUCUCAUUCAUCCCAGGGCCAAUUCUUGCAAGCCUUUUAUAACAUUAGAUAAUUGCUAUGUACUUAAGCAAUGUUUUAUAAAACUGUUGCGUAACUUUGUUCUACCUAUAGUGCAGCAGCAUAUUUUGUGAAAUAGGUUGAUUAUCCUGUCAAAAGUGCAAUGCAAUAUGCUCUGAGAGUCGGGAAAACCAUACCGAAGAGUUGACCUAUACUAAUCCUUAUGUAUGUUUCAGAUUUGAAUGACUGUGGGUAGGUAACUAGCAUCACAUUUAUGUUUGAAUUGUUGGCUACAAAUGGAUGUUCAACAGCAAAUCAGCUACACUUCUAUCAUGUCACCCCCCAUUUUGGAGUGCAUGGGAGUCACUACAAAUAAACAUACACUUCUAUGUGACCCUGUGUAACUGACUCUGCCAAUAGACAAUGUACUUUGCAUUAUUUGUGGUUUGUUUUCUUUGGAUCCUUCAAAAUAAAGUUAACAGCCUCCUCCAACCCAAACCAUUUUAUCUGUAAUGGUAAGGCUUCUGUUUGCCUUCAGUGACUUAAGUUUGUGUGUGGACAUCCAUGGCUUUCAUGAGCAUUUUCAAUAUCAUUAAUAAAUAUUAUCUUAUUUUUUAACUUGCUCAGA